AUGCUUGCCGUUAUUGACCUGGCGCUGGUGCAGCAGCAACCGCUGCCACCACUGCCAGAAUAUGCAGCACGUGCAGCAGCCCCUAUGGACGUCGAUUCACAAGCAGAAUCAAAGAAAGCAUGCGCUCCAGCUGAGCCCAGGGAACUUCAACAACAACAGGUGGAAAUGCAAACAGAAGUUACGGGGCUCGAGCCACAGCAACAAGAAGUCCAGCAACAGGCUGAGCAUUCCAUGGCUUUGCAGAAUGAUGCCGAACCAGCUGAAGCCAAGGCGAACGAAGCAAACGACGGGCAGCAGGACCACCCGUCACUGGCGGGCACUGAUCAACAUUGUUCAGAAUCAGUAGAUUUGUUUGCACCUGCUGGGGAGGCAAUGCCGCCUGCUACGCACGACACAGGUUGUGCAGAUGCCACUCCAAAGGAAACAAAGCCUCGCGGAAGGGCUGUGCGCGGUGCGGCCAAACGCCGGCCUGUGAGCAGACGGAGGCGAGUUCUCGACGACUAA